CCCCGAUCUCCGUAUUCAAGGAACCAUGUCCGACUCCAAAAGCCAGCAGACCGGCAAUGAGACGGCCGACGCGAGCAUCCGAUCAACCACAGGCACGUCAAGCCAUAACUCAGGCAGUCCUGAAACCGAGGCCGCAGUCCCGCAGAUUGUUGUUCGGCCAGCUAGCAACCAGGAUGACGAUGAGAUUCCCCCAGCUUCCCGUCGUCUGGCCCGGAGACCUCCCUCUCUUCUCCUCUCCAGUGGCAACUUUCUCGAGGUCCCACGAUCCCCGCGGCCGACCAACCAGCGCACCGGUCCCCAUCGGCGCAGUUCUUCCCAAGCUCGCAUAGCAUUCGGUCCCAGAAACAUCCCCCUAUCGCUGACGGGACCGGCGGACGCAUUCCAUGUGGCGGUCGACCCUCUCCGAAUGCAUCCGACGGGCCUCACAAGCUCGUCGACAAUGCCGGCCGCAACGGCCAACCACGGUGGCCCCCUGGCUUUGCGCUACGAUGGCAACCCGUAUACCCCACAAGGGAGAGAAGUCAUGGCAAAGGUCGAGAAGAUGCUGGCUGCCAGCAAAGCGCUGAAGCCAGAGACCGAGGCAGCCCCAGGCGGGGGGUCCAAGUUCGCGUGGUUGCGGAAGAAGGGCUUCUUCAAAAAGCUCAGGUCUCCCAGUUUUCCCGUCCACUUGUUCUCCAAGAGCAAGCCGCGGGAAGCCCCCAAGACGCACCAGAUCCGGCACAUCGUGAGCCUGGACCCGCUGCCUCCCCCUGGACGCAUCACACGUGUCCCAAGCCCUCGCCUCCGCCAGAACGAACGAGUCAACCUACAGAAGCGGGAGAAGGCGCUGUGGGUGCUCGGGGACAUCCCCCGGUUCAGCGGCCAUUCCGCCUCCGCCCCGCCGCUGCCGUCGUCCGCCGAGGACCCCUUCUCGGAGUCACCGCGCGAGGCGACUCGAACGCCCACAGCGUUUGAGACCCGCCUCCGCGCCACCAAGUCCGAGGGCACUCUCCUCUCCCGGGCCGCCAUGCCCGACCCGUUCAAAACCGACCGGAUCAUGGCCAGCAACCAUGACUCACUCCUGCCGGACCCCCCGUCAGACUCGUCCACGCCGCUGCGCAACCCUGGCAUCCCUUUUUCCCCUCGCGGCGUCGUCAGUGUCCAAGAAAACCCGACACAGCCACCCACCACCCCCACCAACCCAACCAUCGCCACCACACCCGCACCGGCACCCACUACCCCCCCUAUUGCUGCUACACCCGGCAGCACGCGCGCAUCCAGACAGUCGCGCAGCUCUUCCCACCCGGACAUGGCGUCUGGCGGCCGUCCCGACCAAAGACAGCCCCGCCCUUGUGCCGACGCGGGCCCGGACGAAGACGCGGGGGGGCACACCGCCCUCACCACCACACCCACCACCACCGCCUCCACCGCCAACGCCAACACCACUGCCGCUGUUACCGGGACCGGGGUCGUGGCUGCGGUCCCGCGGUUUGCGCUGGCGCCUCGUCUGCACCCGCGUGCGUGGGUUUGGCCAGAGGAGGAGAAGGAGGGGGUGUGGUGGGAGGAGCAGGGGCCGAGGCGGGAGGGGGAGACGAAGGAGUGGUGGGAGGAAGAGGAGGUGGAAGAGGAAGAGGAGGAGGUGCAGAGGGGGACUGGAAGAGCGGCGGAGGGGUGGUGGGAGGAGGAGGAGGAGGGCGACGAUGACGAAGGGGAGAGGGAGCGGCGGGCGUGGGAGCGACGCGGCGGGAUGCUGGGGUUUGGGUUUGGCGGCGGGCACGCCGCCGGUCGGCAGCUGCGGGACCGGUUCCCGUGUAUGGGCACCGCGGAGGCGGAUGCGGGGGAGGUGUCUGCCCCCGACGCGGCCGGCGCGGGCUUGGUUGCGGCCGGCCCGUUCUCGCUCGGAAGGGGGACGUUUGGCGGUUCCGCCUCGGCGAGUGUUGGUGUUGGCGAGGAGGGUGCCGGUGCCACGGCGGAGGGCGGUGCCUCGGAGGCCGGGUUGGACCCGCUCGUCUGGAGUCGGCCGGCCUCCGAGGGCGAGAAGGGUGGCUAG